CGGGGCUUUUUGUCGUGGCUGCGCGGCGCUGUCAGGAGUCGUCGCAGGAUGUGGGUGACGCGAGCCGGCGCGGCGGAACUGGCGGAGGCGGAGUGGGCGGCAGUGUCAGGAUGUCGGUGGUUAUGUGCCAGUGCCUGAUGCCCGGACCUCGACUUAUGGUGGUGCCUGCCCUCACUCGCGGUGCCAACACCAGCUCGCGCUCACCUUGUCAUUGCUCGUGACGCCAUGCCGCGUUAGCGUUUGGCGAGGCGUCCUUGAGCAGCCCAAAAGACGGAGCCAAGUGAUUCACUUUGAACGCCGGACCUUCCUUUCGGAUUCAUUUGUAUUAAAGCAGAAAAGAUACUGCGUGCGAUUGCGAAGGUGGGAUCAACCCUGCAUAUCAAUGCUGUUGCGAAUCCUCAGCGGAAUAGCAGUGUGAGCACGGAUUCGGCGUAGCCAACAGAGGCUUGGGAUGAAUGAAUCAGAAUGUGUAUUUCUGAUGUGAAGGACAAUACAGGAGUACUGUUCCAUUUUAAGCUGGUCGUUUGGAAUUAACGCGACCGGCCGCGCUUUGUUGCAGAGUGCAUGCAAGUGGAAUAUCAGAGUGCAGAUCGAGGCCGAGCGCUCGCAGAAGUGUCCCAUCGCAGCACAAAGCUCGUCGCCCUCCGUGUUGCCCCAGCACGCGCCUAAGCUGCUCUUCGGUUGAGUGCAUCACGCUCUAUCACGACCCGGUGUUCAUGCUUUCUCUGUGAACUUGGUAACCUCGGACGCUCCCACGCUGGUUCAGAACAGCAGGGAGGGAGGGGAUUGGCGUCCCGGACUGGCUGGGGGAACCUGCACACGCUGCCACGGGGGAUGUGCGUUCGGCCGUUCGUUCGCCUGUGCUCUCGGCCGCCAGCCAUAUCCUGAACUGACGCUGAUCCUGUGCGGGCGUCCGUGCGAGCUGCGCGUUCUCGUGUGAUCGUAGCUUCUGGCGGCCAACGAAACGUGUGUUGAAAAGGGAAAGUCGCGACGUGACUGCGUUUGUACGUAAGCCCCCCCCCCCCCCCCCUUCAGAAAAAAAAUCCUAAUGUGAAGACACGGCCGAGACCUUUGUGACGCGCGGAGAACUGGGUCUCCUGCAACCCCCUCCUCCCCACUCCCCUCGCCCCUCCUGCCGCUCCCCACGCCCCACCUCCCGGUUCCCUCGCCCCUCCUCCACGCUCCCCGCGCCUCUCUCCCAAACAUACCCUUGAGACGAACUGCUUCUCCCCCAUCCACACUCUCGUCCCUCGUACAUGUUAUUCGCGUCUUUUUGUUGACCCGGAGGAGAGUUUUAUUUGUUUAGGUGUUGAAGUGUGCGUGUGCGGCGGGUCGCCAGGAAGAGCCUGUUUGGAGGUGCCCCGCUCGCCGAGUUUGUACAGAGAUCUCGGUCGCGAGGAAGGGGUUUUGCCCGAGUGACGGGGUAAGGAGGGGUGAGGGAAGGGAGUCUGGCCGGGUGCCCGGGGAGACCUAGGGGUGCCAGCGCCGGCUGUGUGCCCAACCCCCCUCUUGGUGUCUCAGUCACAGCCCCAGCAGCAGCAACAGCAGCACAAGGAGCGCCUCGCCAGCACCAUCAGCCCGCCCCGGCAGUCCCGGCCGCUGGUGAGAGGGGCGCGCCCGUGUGCUAGGCGCUCUCUCUCUUGCACGGCUAUCAUGUGUGUUGUUGGUGAUCAUAGUCUGCUUACUCGCGCCCCCGCGGCCCCCGGUGCCCAGCGGGACUUUCCCCUGUUGCGCCGCUAGUGAGAGCUGCGCUUGGACGCGGGAGUGAAACUGGAGUGGGACUUGUGCAGUGAGCAAGGUUGUGCAAGUGGGCGGCGAUUUGAGUUGCAGCUCCGUUUUGCUGCGCGAUGUCGGGCUGUACCAUGGGGGGGCAGGAGGCGUCAGAAGUGCUCCCCUGGUGGAGUCCCGGGAUCGUGCUGGUCCCGAACCGCGGGCGCCCCCACAACGCGCGCGAUCCGCUCCGCGAGCCCUUCGACAGUGCUCAGACAAGGCGCGAACGGCAAGAGCUGCGCCGCAGACGCACUCACAAGGAACGCAAGAGAAAAGUUCUCGUGGAAGACAGUCCCGGGGCGCCGAGGAGCGGGAGGUGGCUGCCGGAGUGGUUGGUCGAUGCCGUGGCGACCGUGUGGAAAUGGACGAUGAGCUUGGGGAUGGUGAUGCUGGUGAGGGCAAUAGGCGCAAUUUGGAAAAGUUUGGGAGGUGCAGAGAACUUGUGGGCGGAGAGGGUGAGUUGGAGCAGCGAGCGUGACACCAAUGAGUCAGAUUCUGGUGAGGGGCUCAGUGUGUCUGCCACCCGACCCUCGUCCGGGCCACACGCUCCACCCUGCGGCACACCACCACCGCCGCCGCCACCCCCGCCACACCUGCCCGACCAGCCACACCUCAGCCAUCAAGCCUGCCUCCUCCCUGCCACCCACACUGACGAUACACUUGACACUGCAGGCUCCCGAGAGCCACGUCGUGUGCCUCGCUCCUCCAUGAUCCAUCCUACACGCGACCCUCAAUCGCCAGCGCCUCCUCCUCCUUUCCCCUCUUGCUCUCCAAGUGUCGUCCCACGUGCUAGUCCGCCUCCCGGUGCCACCCACAGUGAUAGUCGCUCGACUGGUGCCACCACAAGCCUUGCACAAUCUCCGGGUGCCACUGAACGCCCUCCGGUUGUCACUGAACUUGUACAUUCUCCGUCGUGCCACAGUGAACCUGCUGGACAGGAAGAUGACAGGUUGCAAAGUGAGAAUGUGCAGUCAGCAGUUCCGUGUGCAACUUCCUGGAUCAGCAAGGCAAGGGAAGGGACCAGCAUGGACUCAGCGGGACAAGAUACAGGUGUCCAGGUUCUGGCGGCCAUGCGAGGCUUUAGCUCUGUGCAGGAAGAGAUGAUGCGUGCCAUCAGAGAUGCCAAGGAAACGUCCCUCGCCCUCAUCGAAGACCGGCGCGAUAGUGUGUCCUCUGUGACUAGUAGUGGCUCCCUUGGCUCCCUCGGCUCUCUCGACGCCUACCUGGCGGCAGCCGGUUUAGAGUCGAACCUGAGUUCGUCGGUGAACUCUGCUCGUGGCAGUCCGCUGCCCGAUCAUGACGUACCCUCAGUGAUCGAAGCGGCGCCUCACGCGGCCGCCGCCCCCCUUCCCCGCGAUUACGACCAGCGGCUGGAGGAGGACAUCGAAGCCUCCCUGGCGCUAGUGGACCACCACUCGCCGUCUGACACAGACACCGAAAUAGAAGAUAUCUCUAAGGCCGACGAGGAGGUAAAUGUUAGGGGCAACCUCGUGCUGGAGAUUCAUCGGCGCCAGUGGUCCCCAGACGCCACCUUCCCGAAGGACUUGACGCCUCCUGUCAGGACUCCUGAGGAUAUUCUCCCGCCCCCUGAACUCUCCCUUAAUCCCGCUGACCCCAGGGUACAGUCCGAGAGUCAGGAAGUGAUCCGAGCGAUAGUGGACUUAGCAAGGGACUCGACCCAGGAGGCAGUUUGUAGCGAUCCCUUUCCUCUGCCUGCUGAAGCUGCAGCGUCUCGACCUGAGAAGGUACAGACCUCAGUGUUGUGUCCAGGUGUCCUAACAGAAACGUCAGAAAAUGGUGAAUCAAAUUUAACUGAAAGUGGCCUUGAAGGUCGUAUUACUUAUGAUGUUGAUAAGAAAUUUGAAAAGAGAAAUGUUGAGGGAAGUUUUUGUGACGUUCCUGUAAUCCCCCCGAGCUGUUUUGACGUAGGAGUGAGCGAAGUCUCUCGAAGAGGUGAAGAAGCAGAGUGUAAUAGGAGUGCGGGUGAUCAACAUACGGCAACACCGCCAGAGCAAGAUGAUAUUCCCCACAGGAGGUCACCCGAUAGUGGUCCAGGGAGCACACUCCUCGUCCUAUCCGACACUGCGUGCGCCUCGCCCACGCGCACGUGGAGCCCCGGCCAGGCCUCCUCUGAGCCGUGUGUGACGGAAGGAAAGGUAUGUGAUGAUACCGAGACAGUAACAACAGCAACUGCAACAAUAAGAACAUCAGGCGCGGGAGAGCAGGCAGCUGCACCGCAUGUGGAGGAAAGGGUAAGGGAAGGAGCGGGAGCAGGACCCCCCCUCCCGCACCCCCUUCCCCUCCCUCUCCCUCUUCCCCAGGCACACACUCACGCACCGCCAUUGCCACUGCCUCCAUUACGACAUCACGCACUUGCACCGCGAGAAACCAAAUCAAUGAUUCUGACAAAUGAUGAUGAGGAUGACGAUGACGACGACGACGACCUAGCGGACCUGAUGGUGCCCAAGAGCGAGCCCAGCCUGCCGAAGCUCGACAUCACCAGCCUGAGGAACGAGAUCAGCGCCAUCAGGGCAGAGAUCCUCACCCGAAAGGGCUCGCACUCCCACGCCAAGGAGGAGUCAGAGGAGCGCUGCUUCGUGUCCUCCUGCGACGACAUCACCAACCUGCGCGAUGAAAUCCUCUCGCUCAAGCAGGACUUCUACUCCCUGCUCAGCGAGAACACGGCCAGCCCCAAAAGCGGCUCCAAGAAGCAGAAGAAGGCGCACAAACAGCACCAACACCUCAAGGGGCCGAUGCUCAAGCACCAGCUCAAGUCCAUCAGCAUCGACAACGUGGACGACAUCAGGAAACAGUCCGUCAGGGACCGCAAAGGGGGCUUCGCGCCCUUUGGGGCCGAGGCGAAGUGCAAGAGGGGCCUCAGCAGGUCCAGCAUAAAUGUAGCACAGGACCUGAAGGAGGAGCAGGAGGGCAGCAGCAGUAGCAUUAGUCGCCCCUCCAGCGAGGUCUACUACAGUACCCAGAUCAGCACUGAGUCCUAUGAAUCUGCCGCCAGCGAACUGCCCGGGCUGAGGGCUUCCCCGCCGUACAAGGCCCUGGAAGAGGACGACUCGAAGGAAGGCUCGGUGAGAGCGUCGAGCGUGACGAGAAGAUCGACUCGGGUGAAAGAGGAGGAGGAGGGCGGAGACGAGAAGAGUCCGUUAGAGUGCAGUGCGAGCAAGGCGGAGAUCCUUUCCGAUGAGGAUAAUGAGGAGAAGGAGGAGGAGGAGGAGGAGGAGGAGGGUGAGGGUGACACAGAUGAUGGAGAUAGCGACACCACCGAAGAUGAAUGUCAACAGAUUUUGAAAAAUAGUCGCACGACGAGUGUCGAGAGGGUUUUAUACGGCAUCGAUCCGCCGCCAUAUAAGAUCCGAAGAACGGACAUUCGGGAGCGCGAGUUCGAGGAAGAGGAGCGCGAGGAGCUCUUGGGCUCGGACGAUGAGGAGCAGGAAGACCCCUUCGACUACUGCAAGGGUGGAUACCAUCCAGUCAAAAUUGGUGAUCUGUUCUAUAACAGAUAUCACGUGAUCCGCAAGUUAGGAUGGGGCCAUUUCUCCACUGUUUGGCUGUGUUGGGACCUUCAAUUGCAGGUGCUGGAAUCCUUGGAUUACCUACACACAAAAUGCAGAAUUAUCCACACAGACAUCAAGCCAGAAAAUAUCCUUGUGUGUGUGGAUGAGUCGUACAUCAGAAAACUUGCUUAUGAGGCAACCCAGUGGCAGAAAAUGGGACUAAAGCUACCUGGUUCUUUGGUGAGCACUGCCCCAAAGCAUUACACUCAGCCCGAUCCAAAUGCCAAAAUGUCAAAAAAUAAGAAGAAAAAACUGAAGAAAAAGCAAAAGGCAAAGCAGGCAUUGCUGGAGAACCAAAUGAGGGAACUGGAGGAACUAGAAGAGAGGGAAGCACGUCUAGCUCUCGAGGCUUGCGAGCUGCACACGCCAAACACUUCUGUGCUAAGUAAUGACUCAAGUUUAGAAGAGAGCAGCACUAUGGAACCUCAGACCAAUGGACAGCAGAGCGACAAGCCACCAGAAGUGCUGGAAGAGGAAACCGUAAAGAUUCAAGUAGGGGACACUUCACAAGAGAAAGUGCAGCCUCCACCAAAGCUACCCCCACAGCCCAGCCUAAUCACCCCAAGCCUCACCCUAGAGGAGGAGGCCCAACAGAAGCUUGAACACCGCAAGAGUCUAGCUGAGAUGUGUGAGGGCGAUGUACGACCAGGUGGGGCAGUGGGGCUCUCACUAGACCCUCUCAUGAAUGGCCACGACAGUCCUCGCCCAACACUAGGUCGCUCAGAGUCUGAGAUAACCCCAGACAUGAGGCUUCCCCCUGAGGAUGAAGAAGGUGAGGAUGGAGGAGCUAAUUCCAGUAACACAAGUGGAGGCAGUAACAGUGGCAGUGCAGUUGGAAUGCGCAGAGUAGCCUCGUGCCCAGACCACAAAGCCAUUGACCGCACGCCAGACCCAGUUCACGAAGUGUGUGACAUGAAGGUCAAGCUGGCUGAUUUAGGUAACGCUUGCUGGGUGGAUCAUCAUUUCACUGAAGAUAUCCAGACUCGACAGUACAGGUGCCUGGAAGUCCUGCUCGGAGCUGGUUAUGGUUGUCCUGCUGACAUGUGGAGUACUGCCUGCAUGGCAUUUGAGUUGGCCACUGGAGAUUAUCUGUUUGAGCCACACAGUGGAGCUGAUUAUACUCGUGAUGAGGACCAUCUAGCACACAUCAUUGAGCUUCUUGGUAAAAUUCCCCGUCAUAUAGCCCAUUCUGGAAAAUACUCAAAGGAAUUUUUCGACAAGAAAGGUGAUUUGCGGCAUAUCACAAAGCUCCGUCCCUGGGGCAUGUUUGAGGUGCUGACAGAGAAAUACGAAUGGCCAGAGGAUGAAGCCCGAGCUUUUAGCGACUUCCUGAAUCCAAUGCUGGCUUUUGAACCAUCAGAACGCGCUACUGCUGGAGAGUGCCUCAAACACCCAUGGCUCAACUCAUGAACACAAGCUGAACCUGCUCCCUCCGACCACUUUCUGGUAAAAAGUCUCUCAGUCUAAUCGUUAGACUUGCCAGCUUGAGCAUAAAAGACUUUACGCUAUCAGAGAGUGGCAACCUUGGCCUUCACUUGGCUAUUUGUGUAUAUGCACUUAUGAUGGUGAUUCGGUAUCAGGGCAAAAACCAAAGAUGACUCCAUAGAAUGGCAGCUGUUAAGCAAGGUUCCAGAUCAGCUCACUCCAUUCUGUCUCCAAAGUAGUGAGUGUCACCACAGCACAUAAAUAGUUAAGUGAAGUGAAGGUUGAGGGGGCUCAGUGUACACACACCAGGGUUCGCCUUGGGGUUAUCAACCCUAUUUUUGACCAGAAGUGCUUUUGACUCUUGAUAAUAAAAGAAAGGAUUUUUAGUUUGGUUCUAUCAGCUCUGAUAAUACCUAGAGACUGCUUGGAGGAACCAGUAAUCUCUGUGAAAGUGUCUUAGUAUGAUUAUGAUAAUGAAUAUGGUGAUGAUGAUAAUUAUGUUGGUGAUUGAUAAUGAUGUGUCCAGUGGUUCUGCUGUGAGUGUAUAUAAAAACAGAUGGUUGCUAUCCUCUCAAUGUCCAUAAUAGUACAUAUUGCAGAGAGGGGACAUUUGGAGGAAUCAUUUGCUCUUAUGAUGAUUUAACUGCUCAAACCACAAAUAUUUGUAAGAAGCAGCAGAUCUAAAAGAAUUACCUGCAUGAGAAAGAUGACAACAAACCAAUUCCACCAGCACUGCUGCAGAACUUCGGAUAAUGUUAGUACCAAGGACCAUAUGCCCAGAUGACCUGUGGUGUUGUGUUGUCGUGCACAAUGGGAUGGCUCUUUUCCAUACAUUCAUUUUAAUAAUUAUGUAAAUAUUGCACGACUGUGAAGUUGGUUUUCCAUCAGCCCUGAUUUUUUAAAAGUCGGCUUCUAAUGACUACUGAUGGAGGAAUUUGUUUCUUGCAUGUUGGAACUCAAAACUGCAACUUACAUCACUAGAAAACAGUUAUGUUAUUCAAAGAUAGUUUACAUUAUUAAUCUAUUCAUUUCUUUCUAACAAUAUUGAAAUUCAUUUUUUCUGUAUGUAGAAGGCAAUAUAUUGAGUUAAUCAUAUAUUAUCACAAUAUUACCAUCCUUUUGUUAGAGUUUACAGUCUUCUGCUUCAUCUUAUAAUCUUAACUGCAGUGUUCUGAUGUCCCAACUUUGGAAACAACCAAAUAGCAGGGCUGAUGUUCUAUAACAUAUGAUUAGCCUUGUAGCCUGAAUGCAAUAUUUUGUCCACCAUUGAAAUUAUAUACUGAAUGCAGGCCCUCCUAAAAGUCGGUAGAACCCUGUCCAGCUGGCUGUAUACCAAGUACAACCCCCACCCCACCCCUCCCCUGACCCUUCCCUCUCCUUGUUCCUCCUUCAUUGAUGAAACCCGUAACCCUGUGGAUCCAGAAGAUGAUAGGCUUCUUGUCCCCUCUCCCUAUUGAGGCUACUAGGCUCUGUGUUUUCUGUAUAUUUAGCCACAUCUGUAAGAUGUCAUGCAUAUGCAUCAGUGAUUAUGAAUAUAAUUUAUUUUUACUCCAUUUUAGAUAUGCACCUUUGUUUAGUAGAUUAUCUUUCAUUGUCACAUAAGUGUAGGGUUCAUUUAUGUCUCCCCCCUUUGUGACUCUGUUCCACCAGCCAAUAGUGUUAUCGAUGGCAAGUAAUGCAGCUGUGGCACCUCCUCCUGCCUCUGCCCACACUCUGGUCCAUAUUAUAUUAUUUUAUUUUCCAUAUUUGCAUCACUGGUAACAUAUAGAAAUGUAUGAACAACUGUUUGAGGCAAAUGUGUUUUUAGUGGACAAGUGUUGGUAGCAGGUGCGUAGGUUGCAGGUGCCCACAGAAACGUGUCGGGUGGGCUCAUACCUGCAUACGGAGCAUCUCCCAUUCUCAGGCCAACAUUGUCUUAUAUUAAGAUGGCUCUAACCUUGCCAAGGGUGCAGCAGGUUAACAAACUUUGUACCACAAUAAAGAAUUUGGGCCUUGCUGCUGUGGUAGACUUGUCCGAUCCUCUGUAUAGCAGGCAUAAUGAUAAUGGUACUCUUGAUAGUAAAGGUGAAGCACACCAAAAUGGUAUUUCAUUUUCAACCCUAUACAUACUGUGAGAUGUAUGCUAUUCUUAAGGCCGGUUGUUUUGCCAGGUGAAUAAAGGCUACUUUUUGUCAUAAAUUAUCUUUUUUUUUAUCUUUCAACUUGUAUUUGUCUUUAUUUGUGUGAACUUUUCAUUUGUAUGGAGUUUGUCUGUAAGCUUUAUAAUUUAUCCUAAUAUUUGCAAAAAAUAUUAGCAGGUAGGCCCUCAUUGAUUACCAGCAUAAUGUAAGAAUGAAACUGGUGGGCUGAACAUUUUACAUAUAGGAAAUCUUUCAACGAGGACCAUUCUUGGGGCUCCUUAUGAAAUUGUAAAUGAAGGAUGGUUUCAAAAUGAAAUAAAUAAAAAAAUAAGA